UAGGUCCAUUUCCCCUUCAAUUUUAUCAACACACUGUAUCGCCUCCUUCGCACCUGGAACCGCUGAUGUUUGCAGCACCGAUUCCUUUAUUCAGAAGACCUUGGCCACUUAUUUGGCUGAUUGCACUGUUCUGACCAUUACGCACCGAUUGCACACUGUGAUCCAGUCUGACUUAAUCAUCGUGAUGGCAGGUGGUCGAAUCGUGGAGUCAGGUCCACCUUAUGAGCUGCUUGGUUUGCACCAGGUUGUCGAGCGUCCUCUCAUGCGGAUGCGAAGCAGUAGGUUGGUCAUGGAAAGGGACAUCGAUGGCCGCUUGCAUGCCGAAGAUGAGGGACAUUUGUACCAUGCAGGUUUUACUGGUCAGGGAAGUGUGUACGACAGCCAAAGAGGUAGCAACCGCUACUCACGAGUUGAGACGUUGGCAACACUAAUGAGGCAGAUGAGCUCCAGAGAGGCGCUUGGUCUUACAGAAAUGGCCAAGAGGGCCUACCUCUCCGGAAGUAGACGCACCGAGGCAGAUAAAUAG